AUGACCACACAUUUGAAAGCCCAAAACCUUUGGAGCUUUAUUGAUCCCGGUCUACAAGAAGGAGCUUAUGCAGCCUCUAUACGGCAAGAUCAAUUGGCCUUGGGGCAGAUUCACCAAGGUGUUGAUUACUCAAUUUUUGGGCAAUUAGCUCGGUCUCAAACAACAAAGCAAGCUUGGGAUAUCCUAAUGGUGUCACACAAAGGAGUUGAUCGGGAACAAAAGUCGAAGUUGCAGUCGUUGAGAAGGUUGUACGAUCAUUGUGAGAUGACCUCUACAGAAACAGUAGAUAUGUAUUUCACUCAUCUUAUUGAUCAGGUGAAUAAGAUGUGGUUAUAUGGAGAUACGAUUGAAGAUGGUGCAGUGGUUGAAAAAGUUCUUCGAACUAUGCCGAUGAAAUAUGACCAUGUGGUGGCUUCAAUAACAGAGUCACACAAAACCGAGCUCUUAUCAAUUGCAGAGCUGAAAGGUAUGAUAGAAAGUCAUAUUGACAGGAUUGAGUCAAAAUCGGAACCACUUGCAGAAGAAGCUUUGAAGAGCCAAGUCACUCUUAAUAUGACUAGCCCUAAUCAAAGAGGUGGAGGAUCUGGUAGAGGUCGUGGAAGAGGAAGAUGA